AUGUCUGUCAAAGUGACAUUGUAUGAACUGGUGGAUCUCUCCAUAGGGACUCCGGAGAUUGGCAUCAUCAAUUUCAAUGCCCUCCAUGCUCUCCUCCACGCUAUCAUCAGUUACCUCAACAUUCAAGAUAUCAAAGCGGACGUGAAGGCGGACAGAGGUCCUCCAACCAAGCCAGAAUUGCUUUCUGCUGCAGUUGAGGAAGGACCCAGUGAUUUACUGGGUCAAGAGGCAUUCCUAAAACAGAAGGAGGACAUUUUGGGAGCAGAACCAGAUGCUCAGCUUGCUGACUUGGAAAAGAAACUAAAGCUGAUGGAGACCAAUCUCCAUGGCAUGAAAGGUCAGAUUAAAGGUAUGGGAGGCCAGGUCCAGGGAGUAUUAGAUCAUGUCAAAGGAGUAGAAGAUCAAGUCCAUGGAGUGCAAAAUCAAAUUCAGGGAAUACAAGAUGAAGUCCAUGGAGUGCAAGAUCAAGCUCAGGGAGUGCAGGAUAAAGUGAAAGGAAUGGGGAAACAGCUCAAAGGGUUUGAAAAGCACAUUGCUGGACUAGAGAGGCUUCCUUCGGGGACUGAAUUGAUAGAGAAGACCAAAAGUGGAUCCGGCACAGCUGUAUCUGACAUGUGGCAAAUGAUGCAGAUGCAGAAAAAGAUUGAAGCCAAUGACAAUGGAAUCAACCAGGCCAUGUCCCUCUUACAAGAUUUAGUGGAUGAGACGAGCAACAUGAAAUCAGCCACAAGCAACCUGGAGGAUGAAGUACAAAGAGUCAAGGAACACUUAGCUUUGCUAGAUCCCCAUGGGUUUGAUGAUCGUUUAAAGACUUGCUUGAGUGAUCAGACCAGUUUGGAUCAUGAACUGAAAGACUUAGAGAGGAGGUUAAACCAAUUCCCAUCCCCAGAAGAAAUGAACAACAUGGUACGAUGGGAAGUUCUUGAAGAUGUCCUUGUGAAGGGCAAGAGCCCAUCUCCUGAGACAAGUCCAGUCCGACACUCUCCAACUGGUUCAACCUCACCAGAAAGCAGAACCCCAGGAUCUCCAAGAGCUCAGCCUGGUGCUGCUACUCAGAAAACAGAAGGAGCCCAGGGCCCACCAACUGGAUUACCAGGGGCACAGGCAGGAGCACCAGGGGCUCCAAGUGGAGCAGCUACCCCUGGAGCACAGCCAGGGGCCCAACCUGGAGCAUCUGGAGCCCAGCCUGGGGCUCCUGGGGCUCAGCCUGGUGCUCCUGGGGCCCAGGCCCCCUAUCCUGGAGCACCUGGGGCUCAAGAUCCAUAUACUGGGGUUCCAGGGGCCCAACCUGGUGCUCCUGGAGCCCAACCUGGUGCUCCUGGGACCCAGCCUGGUGCUCCUGGAGCCCAGCCUGGAGCUCAUGUGGGUCAGCCUGGGGUUCCUGGGGCCCAAGCGCCCUAUCCUGGAGCACCUGGGGCCUAUCCUGGGGUACCUGGGGCCCAAGCCCCCUAUCCUGGGGUACCUGGGGCCCAACCUGGGGCUCCUGGACCCCAAGCCCCCUAUCCUGGGGCGCCUGGGGCCUAUCCUGGGGCUCCUGGACCCCAAGCCCCCUAUCCUGGGGCGCCUGGGGCCUAUCCUGGGGCUCCUGGGGCCCAAGCCCCCUAUCCUGGGGCACCUGGGGCCUAUCCUGGGGCUCCUGGGACCCAAGCCCCCUAUCCUGGGGCACCUGGGGCCUAUCCUGGGGCUCCUGGGGCCCAAGCCCCCUAUCCUGGGGCACCUGGAGCCUAUCCUGGGGCUCCUGGGGCCCAAGCCCCCUAUCCUGGGGUACCUGGGGCCCAACCUGGGGCUCCUGGGGCUCAGCCUGGGGUACCUGGGGCCCAAGCUCCAUAUCCUGGGGUUCCAGGGGCCCAACCUGGGGCUCCUGGAGCCCAACCUGGGGCUCCUGGGGCCCAGCCUUGGGAUCCUGGUGCCCAAGCUCCCUAUCCUGGAGCACCUGGGGCCUAUCCUGGGGCACCUGGGGCCCAAGCCCCCUAUCCUGGGGUACCUGGGGCCUAUCCUGGAGCACCUGGGGCCCAAGCCCCCUAUCCUGCAGCACCUGGGUCUCAAGCUCCAUAUCCUGGGGUUCCUGGGGCCCAACCUGGGGCAUCAGGGACCCAGCCUGGAGCUCCUGGGGCUCAGCCUGGGGCUCCUGGGGCUCAGCCUGGGGGUACUGGGGCCCAAACCCCCUAUCCUGGGGAACCCUGGGCUCAAGCUCCAUAUCCUGGGGUUCCAGGGGCCCAACCUCAGGCUCCUGGGGCCCAGCCUGGUGCUCCUGGAGCCCUACCUGGUGCUCCUGGGACCCAGCCCGGUGCUCCUGGGGCUGGACCUGGAGUAUCUGGGGCCCAAGCUCCCUAUCCUGGGGCACCUGGGACUCAAGCUCCAUAUCCUGGGGUUCCAGGGGCUCAACCUGUGCCCUCGCCCAUUCUACCAGGAUAUCAACCUCUUGCCUUACCUGCUGCUCCAGCAGGCCAGUUGACUGUGGCACCUGGGCUAGUUCUUGGAGCUACAUCUGCACCAUCUCCCCUCUUCCCCACCACCACUCCUAUGGGGUAUUCGGAGUCUUCCUCCUCUGCGACCACUUUGGCUCCGAGUCGCUAUGCAGAGACGGUGGAUGCCCUGCGCUCACUUUCCCAGCUGAAUGAGCUCUACCAAACUCUCAGAGACCAGAUCGCCAUGCUGGACUACUACAAGUGUGGCCAUUCUGAUCUCCGCAGGCUGCAGGACUUCCUCACUGAUGCACUUUAUAGGACCAUUGCUGCCAUCCCACCUGAUCUGUCAGAAAAACUUGCCGCCAUGCAUUCCUUGGAAGAAGAUCUCAAAACUGAGAAAGAGGUGUUAAGGAGGAUUCAGAAUGUAAUUGAAGGAGAAUUGCCGGAAACAGAGACAGAGAAAAUUGAGGGAGCUAAUCAGAUCAACAUGCAAAUAGGUUAUCUCAGAGCAACAGUGCAGGAUAUAGAGAAUGAACUAAGGGAGCUGAGAAACAAACAGGAUACAGGAAAAGCCAAAUUGGAGCAGUCGGUGACGGACAAUGCCUAUUACCUCCAGGAGCAGUUAGACAAGCUUAGAUCUGUUAUAGAGAACAUGAUGUCCUCCUCAUCUACCUUGCUGUCCAUGAGCAUGCCACCCAUUCCAGAGCCUGGUCUAGCUCAAGUCCAAGGCACAUGUGCUGCCUGCAGCUUAGAUGUCAGUGAGAAGGUUAGCCAGUUGUUCAAGCGCUACGAGCAGCUGCAGGACUCAGUCAACAACUUCACGUUGAGGCAGGUAGAAGGCAAAACGAAGAAACUCAAGCAACGCCAGGAUGAAGAGGUACUCAGCCAAAUACAGAAUACUAUCCUGCAAGUCCAGGAAGAUUGUGAGAAGCUGAAUGCCACUACUGGUACUCUUGUUGAAGAUCAUCACCAGAAACAGAAAGAGAUCAGUGCAUUGUACAAAUCACUGGAGAAACUGGAAAAUGAAAAAGCUGACAAAAAUAGCCUACAGAUGGAAAUCCAUGUGAAAGCAGAUAAGACUGCCCUUGCGGCAAAGGUCAGUCGCAGCCAAUUUGAUGCCACCACAGAACAGCUCCAUAAGAUGAUGCAGGAACUGCUAAAUAAGAUGGCUGGGCAAGAGCAAGACUGGCAGAGAAUGCUUGACAAACUCUUGAUUGAAAUGGACUCCAAGCUGGACCGCUUGGAACUGGAUCCAUUCCGGCAGCAGCUGGAGGAACGUUGGAAGGAUAUUCGGAAACAGUUGAAGGAAAGGGUUCCACAAGAUGAAGGGGAUGAUGCUGCGGGGAUCAGAAGGAGACUACUGGCUCACUUCCACUGCAUUUCUUGUGACCGACCCUUAGAGAUGGUGGUGCCUGGACCGCGAAUCACAACACUCCCAGCUGUUCCAGGCUUACCUGCUCACCAAUCCCUCCGGCCAUAUACGGUUUACGAAAUGGAACAAAUCAGGCAGCUGAACCGCAGCAAUUUGAAGUUAGGACCGGGUGUUCGUUUUGAUGCCCUGGAGAAGAGUGCUAGUCUGAACAAGCUACGGCGCAUCCAUUCCAAGAUGCUCAUGGACAUACAGAAGGUGCAGAGUCAUUAUGGCGGACCUGCCAGGGUCAGCACUCAGAUGAUCAGGGAAGUCCUGCAGCUUGGCUCAAGCCCAUUUGGCAAACGACUACCAGAAGUGGAUGACUUUAGCUACGUAAGUGUACCUCGGCAUUGUGGAGGCAGCCAUACCCUCACCUAUCCGUACAGGCGCUAUACGAGACUGCAACAGGUCAGCCAGUGUAUGCCCCCUCUCCAGACAGAGGAAAACACCAUGCUGGCAAUGAUGAAGCAUGAAGAGGUAGAUAUACUGGGUCUUGAUGGUCAUAUCUACAAAGGACGGAUGGACACACAUCUCCCAUCAAUAACUGGAAAGGACUCUGUCCCAAGAACAAGAAGCAAGCUCAUUCGGUCUUCCUCACAAAGGCAUCACCCCAUGCUCAGUGACAUUGCCAGCCUCCCAGCUCGCCCCCACACUGCAAAAGUGUCCUUGCGCAGCUUGUCAGCUAAAUCAGUAGGAGACAAGCCUGUCGUUCAGUUAAGGAGUGCUGAAGAGCCUGGAACGCAGGACAGAGAAACUCUUGACUUACGCAUGGCGAUUCCAUCAAGACAACAGUCUGACGAGCAGUCUGCCUAAACCAAGGGCACCCAGCUUUAGUCUCGCUUAGCGCAUGGUUCUCACUGAUGAAGCCAGACAAUAAAGAGUGAGCUAAA